UUGGUUGCCGUCAUAAACUCUCAACCCAAGUUACCCAACACACACACACACACAUACUUUCUAUGUCCCUUUGAAACACACAUAAACACAUGAUACACACGGGGAGAGAGAGAGAAGACAGAGAUGGAAGAGUUGAAACCAAGGCCGGCAAAUUCAUCCCCUCUUACUCCACUGGGCUUCUUGGAAAGAGCAGCCACUGUCUACGGUGAUCGCCCUUCCAUUGCCUACGACGACACCACCUACACGUGGUCUCAGACACACCGUCGAUGCCUCCAAGUAGCCUCAGCAAUCUCGUCGCUCGGCAUCAAGCGGGGCCACGUAGUCUCCGUUCUGGCCCCCAACGUUCCCGCCGUGUACGAGCUCCACUUCGCCGUACCCAUGGCCGGCGCUAUUCUCAAUACCAUCAACGCCCGUCUUGACGCGCGCAUGGUUUCAAUCCUCCUCCGUCACAGCGAAUCAAAGCUCGUCUUCGUUGACUGCCUCUCGCGCUCUCUCGUCAAUGAAGCCUUAACUUUUUUCCCACCACACGCCCAACGCCCACUUCUCAUCCUCAUCACGGAUGAUGAAGUCCCAUUAGCACCGUCAUCAUCAGCCGUGCAUUUCUAUGACACUUACGAAGGUGUGGUGGAGAAAGGAGAUCCCGAGUUCAACUGGGUCCGGCCGGACAGCGAGUGGGACCCCAUGAUAUUGAACUACACAUCCGGUACAACGUCCUCUCCCAAAGGUGUUGUGCACUGCCACAGGGGAUUAUUCAUCGUAGCCCUUAAUUCCCUUGUAGACUGGUCGGUACCAAACCAGCCCGUUUACCUGUGGACCCUGCCCAUGUUUCACGCCAAUGGCUGGUGCUUCCCUUGGGGCAUGGCAGCCGUUGGUGGAACCAACGUCUGCCUCCGUAGAUUCGACGCGCCCACAAUCUACCGUCUGAUCGAAAAACACGGUGUGACUCACAUGUGCGGCGCACCCGUCGUGCUCAACAUGCUAUCAAACUCUCCUAACAGCCAACCGCUCAGAAACCCGGUUCAUAUUCUCACCGCCGGGGCGCCACCACCGGCGAGCAUACUGCUUAGAGCCGAGUCACUGGGUUUCGUAGUGAGUCACGGGUACGGGAUGACUGAAACGGGUGGUACUGUGCUGUCAUGCGCGUGGAAAGGAGAGUGGAACAGGUUUCCCGCUUCGGAGAGAGCCAGGCUGAAGGCAAGACAAGGAGUGAGAACAAUUGGGAUGACUGAAGUGGACGUGGUGGACACGGAGUCAGGAGCGCCUGUGAAACGGGACGGGUCGACACUGGGUGAACUUGUACUGAGAGGGGCGUGCUUGAUGCUGGGUUAUCUCAAAGACCCCGAGGGGACCUCCAAGAGCAUGAGAGACGACGGUUGGUUUUACACAGGGGAUGUGGCGGUGAUGCACCCAGAUGGGUAUGUGGAGAUCAGAGAUCGAUCGAAGGACGUGAUCAUAAGCGGCGGAGAGAACUUGAGCAGUGUGGAAGUGGAGUCGGUGCUGUAUGCGCAUCCGUCGGUGAACGAGGCGGCGGUGGUGGCUCGGCCUGAUGAGUUCUGGGGCGAGACGCCUUGUGCGUUUGUGAGCUUAAAGGUCGGUACGUCGACUGGGAAUGGGAUGCCAACUGAGAAGGAGAUUAUUGAAUUUUGUCGGGCGAAGUUGCCGCACUACAUGGUGCCCAAGACGGUGGUCUUCAAGGAUGAACUGCCCAAGACGUCUACCGGUAAGGUUCAAAAGUUUGUGCUCAGAGAGAUUGCCAAGGCCAUGGGAUCGUCAAGAGCGAGUCGAAUGUAGUGUAGUCUAAUCUGUUAUCGUUUGAGUCGAAUCACUUUAUCAUCGUCAUGAAAUGUUGUCGUAUUUGCUCUUCUUAAUUAAGAGCAACGAUAGGCAGGCCAACUUGCCGGCCCAGUCCGCCCCUUUUCAUUAAAAGGAACUUUUUAUUUUUUAAAGAAAAAGCAACUUCUGAUAUUAUAAAAGGUUGCUUUUUUAUUAAAAAAAGCCUACUGUAGCCCCAACUAUCAUUUCCCCUUAAUUAAAUUCUGGUCCACGUUGCUAUUUGGUAAGAGCAAGGAUA